AGAAGUUGUGUGUACCUCAUCCAUGGAAGUGUUCAGAGCUGGGUUGGAUGGGGCUUUGAUCACCUGGUCUAGCAGAGUGGAGUGAACAGCUCAGCAGCAUCAAUCCUUAUUCAGACAAAAUAGCUUCUCAGGUCUUGUUUUGCCCCCAUUUUCUAUUGUUUCAGGCCUGCAGAAACUUGUUUGCCCCAUUGCUUUUGUUCUCCUGAGCCACACAGUCCAGUGGACAGAGAGGGGGUCAGGUGCCAUCUUGCCUUUGUCUGAGAAAAUGACGGCGGGUGCUCUCUAUGGGAAGUGUUUUUGUUUGUUUGGCAGUGGAUACGCUUUUGUGAGUAGAGCACUCUCUCUUUUGUUCCCUCUUUAAUUGAUACUGAUGUGGUUAUGGCAAGUUUUUCAGGAAAAUUGUGAUUCCAAGUUGUGGCCCCUCCAAGUGUUUCCUCCGUUGUUGUAAGGGAUCAGGGGAGUGGGCAACUUGAGUGGGGUUAAUUUUCCUGCUGGGUUUUUAAACCAGCACAAUGGGAAGUGUAGUUUUUGUCCUAUGUUAAUCAGCAUGUUUGACUCAUAAAUCUCAUGUUAAACAACAGUGGAGUCUCAUGAUAGUUUGGAUGGAAAAACAGAGCUUCCAGGCAUGUCCAGAGGAUAAGAAAUGAGAAUGAUACUGUCAUUCUUGAUCAGGUUGCUGAUCAAGCACUCUGGGACUUGUGACAAAUCCAAAUCAAGGAUGCAGCUGCCCCAGGACUUACCAUUUUCCUGCGUUUGCAUAACAAGUAUUUGCUUUCAGGGUAGCCAAAUAUGAAAUGCAUGUGAAGACUGGUGUUGGCACAGGAUGCUGCCCAGGAAAGGGCCACGCCCCCAUGGUGCAGCUCCUUUCAUGCAGUAAGUGUUGCGUUCCAAGUCACUCCUCUGAGUCCUGAAUGACAGAAACUGCGUGAGAGUGGGUUGUACUCUCUGUCUCAAAGUCUUCCUGUUUGCACAGUCACAGCUGCUGCAGCUCGACAGAAGACAACCUCAGGGAAAAGCUAAGCCAAACUUUCAAACUGAGGGAGCCUUAAUAGCACGUGACACCCAUAGACCCCAAAGGGCUUGGCAAUCAAGGUUAGUACCACCCUCCUUACCUCGUAGAUGGGAAAACAGAUGAAACGAAGCUACAGAAAAGAGAAAUUAUUUUCUUGAGAUUGCAAAGCAGUUUGGAUCAGAGAACUAGGGCAUGAAUCUCCUGUGCCCAGACCUGCUCUCCUAGGUACUGUGUGACUUAAACUGAAGUUAUUUCGGGGAGCUGGUUGUCUCCAUUGUUUGUGCUUGCUCUCCCCCAGCCUCAGAGCAACUUCUAAUACUAAGCAAGAGCUUAUAGGGCCUAAGUGAAGGUAGAAAAAUACAACUUUGGAACAGCAUGUUGCAGCAACUGCGUGUAGCUCUGUACAUAUCCAAUUAGGAGCUAAAAUAUGAACUGCAUGUUUGAAUUAUGUUGUGUUUUCUGUUGAUACAAUCUUUUCAUCUUCUGGGUGUUUCUGUGUAAACCACCUCUACUAAGCAAAUUCCUAAUAGACUUCCUGGAACAUCUGGCACUCUCUCUCUCCAAAUAAAUUGUUAAUGGGAAAGUGAAUACCUGUAUUUCCCUAUUUUGUCCCAUGGUACUUAGCAGAAUUUGUUGAAGCAGUCAUUUUCUUUGCCUCCAUCAUCUUGAUAUACUUGUCACUUUAAUUUUUUAAUUUUUAAAUUUAAAUUUUAAAUUUAAGUUAAAUUUAAAAUAAUUUUUAAAAUUAUUUAAAUGGUAAAUACUGUGAUAACAAAGCCAAAAAAGCAAACAAAAAAAAUACCAAAUCCCCCAAAAAGUUGUGUCCACAAAGCUGAUUCCUUUUUGUUUGGAGUUCCUACUAGACAAGAAAAUUACUCCACAGGGUUGUUAGAGCUGUCCUUUAUUGCUAAGCCAUGCUGUAAUGGAUGAUGGUCUUCUCUCCACCAGAUAGGAGCUUCCUGAAGAUGAAACCCUCUGCCGUCUAUGAGCUGUUAGUGGACAGUGUUGGGCCAUGGGACUUCACUGGCGGUUUUGUUCCUUGUGAACUGCUACUUGUCGGAGAGGAUGCCUACCCUGUGCUCCUGAGUGCUAAGAAGCAAGUUCUGAUUGCUGUUUCACAGUAUGGGAAGGGCCGGAUGGUGGUUGUUUCCCAUGAAGGAAUCUUGAAGGACUCCAAGUUUUCCCAGUUCCUCAGAAAUGCUGUGGAGUGGCUUAAGCCUUGCCCCGAGGCCCUGGUUGGCGUUCAUUCUCGGUUGGAUUCCCUCUCCCAGGUGCUGCUCAAGGCUGGCACUAAAGUACAGGCCGGGGCAGAGCUCAGCCCCUCCCUGGGAGUGUACUGUGUGGAUGCCUAUGACAGCUCGAAGGCGAAAGACCUGGUUGGCUUUGUGAAAGGGGGUGGAGGGCUCCUCAUUGGAGGCCAAGCCUGGCACUGGGCUAGUCAACAUGGCAAGGAGAAGGUGCUGUUCGAAUUCCCUGGGAACCAGGUGACCAGCGUGGCUGGCGUGUACUUCACAGGAAAUGCUGUGGAAAAAGGCAUCUUCAAAGUAGCUAAGAAAAUUCCCAAGAUCCCAUUAGUUGUCCCGCACCAGGCCAACCUCAGCCUUGAUGCUGAGUUUCUCCUGCGUGAUGUGCUGGAGCUGGACUUGAUGACAGGGGGCAUUCCCUCCACCUUGCUGGUGCAUGGUGUACUCUCCUUCCCCCUCUGCCUGGACAGCUCGCACUGCUGCCUCUUGGCUGCAGCACACUAUGGCCGAGGCCGUGUUGUGGUGGCAACCCACGAGAGCCAUCUGUUCUCCCCAAAGCUGGCCAGAUUCCUGCUCAACGCUGUCUGCUGGCUGGAUGCCGGGAGAAAGGGGCUGGUGGGUGUGGAUCCCAGCCUGAAGAAAAUGUGUGGUCUCCUCUCUCUGGAAGGGGUGAAGUCGCAGGUGUCACAGCUGACAGGUGACCUCAGCGUGUACUGCUGCUCUUCUUACAGCGACAGAGAGGCGGAAAGGAUUCACGCUUUCGUGGCAGAGGGAGGUGGCCUAUUGGUGGGAGGCCAAGCCUGGUACUGGGCUUCUCAGAACUGCGGCAAAGCUGCUGUGGCAGAAUAUCCUGGCAACAAAAUCCUGAACCGCUUUGGGCUGAGUAUCCUGGGGCAGAGUGGCCAGGCGGCCAAGCACCGGCCCGUGGGGCCUGGGGAGCACUACCACUUCCGCAAGGCGCUCCUGCUCUUCAGCACGCAGGUGAACAAAUGUGAGGAGCUCACGGAGCCCCUGAAGGACUGGCUGCAGUGCCUAGCACGGGACUGUGCUGCUUUCCUGCGCAUCCCAGCCCACGACUGCCCAGCAUAUGCCUCGCUGCACCGCAUCCUGACCAAAGUGCUUCAGAGAAGUGGGAUCCCACAGGUCAGCAGGCACUGCCCUGUCAAGAGAAACUCCAAAGAGGCAGUCCUGCUCUGCAUGGCAACCGAGCUGUCCCUCACCAUGACAGACAGUGCAGCCCUGGUGCAGAAAUGUGCUACUGGGGUCUGUGCCCUCCCUGUCACUGUGGAAAUUGAUGGCACAAACCCAGGUAAGACAGCCUGGAGGAGUACAGGACUCUACCUCCCUGAAGGGCACACAGCAGUUAUAACAUGCCCAUGCCUAGUGGUCGGUGCUGGUCUGAAGGUGCAGAUUGGGUGUCACACAGAUGACCUCUCUAAUGCCAAAGAGAUGAAACGGGCACCAGUGGUAAUACGCACCUGUGAUGUUGCCUGCCAGAAGCAGUCCAUUUCUUGCCUCUGGGGUGGCCUGAUUUACAUCAUAGUACCAGCAAAGAGUGUCUUGGGGAAGGUGCCCAUCACAGUGGAAGGGGCAGUCAGAGCUCCUUUCUUCAAGCUUGGUAUGUUUGUUUACCUUAGAGCUUUUUUCCUUAGGGCUGCUCACAGAUGCUGCUGUCCCUGUGACUGAAAGUAAAGAUG